AUGCGUGCCAUUGCGCCGACGAGUUCAACUAUCUAUCCCAGCGCCCGUCGAACAGGCGCCAACUUCUGCGCUAACGGCAUCGCCAUCGCCAUGGUGCCUCCUUUCAAGGUCGCUUUUGCAGCCGCAAGCCGACAGCGAUGCUGCAAGCACCGACCAGCAGGGCAGAGUGGCGUGACAUUUGACUCCAGAGAAGUGGCCGCUGACAAUACAGACGAUUGA